AUGAAGGCUUACUGGUUUGACAACCAAGAGGGAGACCAGCGUCUAACCCAUGACUCUGGUCGCGAAGUUGAAGCCUCAUAUUUGGCCAAACUAGGUGUGUUAUACCACCAUGCACCUGAAGUUUCCACGGUGGACACAAUCGCCAAAGACCGCAGCUACAAGAACCGAGAUGAGAUCACUGUCAGUCCCUCGGCUAUGGGCGAUAUAUACGAGGACAAAGUCAAGUCGUUCUUCCACGAACACCUGCACGAGGAUGAGGAGAUCAGAUAUAUCCGAGACGGCGCAGGCUAUUUUGACGUGCGAAGCGAGGGAGACGAGUGGGUACGCAUUCGGUUGGAGAAAGAUGACCUGAUCAUUCUACCCGCCGGUAUCUAUCAUCGCUUUACAACGGAUGAGAACAAUUAUAUCAAAGCCAUGCGGUUGUUUAAGGAUGAGCCCAAGUGGACUCCACUGAAUCGGGGCCCUGACACGGAUGUCAACAGUCAUCGAGCUGAGUACUUACAGUCGCGAGGUGCUUGA